AUGGUCAACCUCAUUCCUCAGCACUACACGCACUCGCCGUCCUCGUUUAAUGCGACGCCAUCCUUGACAAUUAACCAUGAGGCUGCCCAGGAUCUAGACUCCACCAACGCCUUCGAAGGCCCUGAGAAACUUCUGGAGGUUUGGUUUGCCGCGUCUCCAAAGGACCUGGGUCCUUCGAAUCCCCUUGGCUUGAAGGCGGUCUCAGAGGAUGUUUGGAAGGAGAUGCUGGACAUUGUCAAUUGCCAGGUGUUGUCUAUUGUGUCGUCCGAUGACGUGGAUGCCUAUCUCCUCUCGGAAUCUAGCAUGUUCGUCUGGCCACACAAGUUGAUUCUCAAGACAUGCGGCACCACGACUCUGCUCUCCGGUCUUCCCCGCAUUCUGGAAAUAGCUGCCAUGCACGGUGGCUUUCCCAAGUCCACUGCUCCACCGUCUCGAGGCAUUACCGUUGCGGCCGCUCCCUACCGCGUAUUCUACAGUCGCAAGAACUUCCUGUUCCCCGACCGUCAGCGUGGACCUCACCGCAGCUGGAGAGACGAGGUUCGGUCUAUGGACAGGCUCUUCCUGAAUGGCAGCGCCUACAUGAUUGGCAAGAUGAACGGGGAGCAUUGGUACUUAUACCUUACUGAGCCCAACACUCUGCUUACGCCUCCUGCUACCCCACCUGCGGACUCGGACGACGAAGUUACCGAGACCAAGUUCAUUCAGCUUCCCGAUCGCUCUGACUUGGACAUGGGUGCGCAGGAUGAAGCUUCAGAUGAGACUCUCGAGGUGUUGAUGACUGACCUGGACGAAGAGGGCGCCAAGCAGUUCUAUCUGGACCACGCCACUAGUGUUGCUGAGAAGCGAUACAGCAACUUUGAGAAGGAUGACCAUGUGGACGUGUUCAGCAAUGGCUCCGACCUCGAGGUUGAUGAAGUCUCAUCCUCUCAGGGUAGCGGGAUUCUGCCUCCGGAGCUCACCACCGAAGGUCACGCUCUUGGUACUGUGGUUUCCGAGUCCUGCGGUCUGUCGGAUGUAUACCCAAAGGACACGUUCCCCGAGUCACGAAUUGACGCUUAUCUUUUUACCCCGUGUGGGUUCUCCGCGAAUGGUGUGAUACCUUCUCCCAAUGGAGGCAAGGGCACUCACUACUUUACUGUUCACGUGACGCCGGAGCCUCACUGUUCGUACGCGUCCUUUGAGACCAACGUUCCGCACUCGCAGAACGGUAAGACUUCCGCGGAUAUCAUUCAGCAAGUAGUGAACAUCUUCAAACCCGGCCGUUUUACUGUCACGGUGUUUGAAGCAAAGCCUGGAAUUGAUGGCGACUGGGAUAUUAGCAAGGAAGCUCGCUAUAUCGAGCGCCAGGCAGCCCGUCGUGUCUCGAAGGGAGAAAAUGUUGAAGGAUACAGGCGGGUGGACCGCAUUGUCCAUGAUCUACACGGUUAUGACUUGGUUUUCCGCUAUUAUGAACGCCUUGAUUGGAAGGGGGGGGCCCCGAGGCUAGGCGAAGAUGUUAUUGCUUGA